CUUUAUCUUAACAUUUUUUUAAGCAAGAUAGAAAACUUUGGUCACCGUGUGACGAAAAAAACAAUGUCUUAAAUGGAUUCGUUGAUGUUUGAAAAAUAAGCCAAUUAACAAAAUGUCAACUAGAUCGCAACUUACGAAAGAUUUAAAUGAAUCGGUGAAAGCAUUAUUAGGUAAGCAUGUGAAAAUAUUAUUAAAGAAUGUCGUAAAAUUAGAAACAAAACAAGAUAAACAGGAAAAUCGUGUUCUGGUUUUUUCACCAUGCCGUUUGUUUCUCUUAACGGCCAAAGUGCCCACAAGAAUCGACUGCCAUUUUCAUUAUUUAGAAAUAACAUCUAUAGAAUCAAAAAGAGCAAACCAAUUAUCUUUAAGUGUUGGGGAAAGAUAUUACAAUUUUACUACUACUGGAGCAGGUGCAGAUACUACAGAAGUAGAUGCAAUGAUUGAGGCCUUACAUACUGCAAUUCGAAAUAUCUUUCCCACUGUACCAUUGAAUUAUAUUAUAAGAAAAAUAGAAGUAAUACCAGCUAGUAGACUGCAGAGUAUAAGAGGUAGUGAAUUAGCUAGAAGUACAGAAGCAACAAGACAUACUGGACCUUGUGGGGGGUUUUCGACCCAAUAUGCAUGUAUGUGUGAUUUACAUGGUGUACCAUAUAGAGAAGAAGUAGCCUGGGAUGUUGAUACAAUAUACCUCUCUCAUGAUACAAGAGAGCUAAAUUUAAGAGAUUUUGAUCAUUUGGAUCAAAAAGAUCUGGUGCCAAUCAUUUCUGCCUUGGAAUAUAAUACUUGGUUUACAAAAUUAAGGGCAUCUCAUCUUAAACUAAGUCACGAGCCUUUGGAAAGAUUGUUACAUGUUAUGCGUAGAUCCCUUUCCAUUCAGGAACUUUAUCUAGAUAAUCUUGGAAUAAAAUGGGACUUUGCGCACAAAUUAUCAUUAGCUCUAAUUUCAAAUGCUAAUACAAUGUUACAGACUAUUGAUCUAUCAUAUAAUACCAUUGAAGAUAAAGGAGCCUCUAGCUUGUGUGGGAUAAUAGCCAAAUUGCAAGGAGGUGCACAUUUAAGCGGACCUAUUGGAAAAUUACCCAAAGGUUUACAAAAAUUAAAUUUGGCACAUUGUGGACUAACUGGAAAAGGAAUAAGUCAAAUUGCACAUGCACUAAGUUUAAAUAGAAGCAUGCCAACUAGUUUGCAAUAUUUAAAUCUUUCAGAAAACUCUUUAAAAGAUGAUAUCAAUAAUUUAUGUAAUUUUUUGGCACAACCUAAUAGUCUAACUCAUUUAGAUCUAAGUGGUACAGAUACAACAUUAGAAUGUCUGUUUGGUGCUUUACUACGGGGUUGUGCAACUAAUCUAGUCCAUUUAAAUGUUGCUCGUAACUCCUUUUCAAGUAAAAAGACCAAAGAAAUACCUCCCAGCUUUAAACAGUUCUUUACUGCUACACUCUCAUUAAAGUACUUAAAUAUAUCUUGUUGUAAAUUGCCGCUAGAGGCAUUGAAACAUUUGUUACUUGGUUUGGCAUGCAAUGAAAGUACAGUUGGUUUAGAACUUGAUAUGAGUGGAAACAAUUUGGGCUCUAUGGGUGCUCAUGUAUUAGAAUCAUGCAUUCAUGGCGUACGUUGCAUAGCAUCAUUGGAUAUAUCAGAUAGUAAUAUGGAUGUUGAUUUAGCACAAGUAAUAACUGCUAUAGGAAAAAACAAGUCGAUCAAACAAUUAUACAUGGGUCGCAACACUGUUAGUAUGAAAAGCAAACAUAUUGCUGUUGUAAUGGAUGCCCUUGUGCAAAUGCUUCAAGAAGAUGAUUGCGUUUUGCAAGCAUUACAUUUACCAGAUUCUCGACUAAAAUCUGAUCUCUAUAAUCUUAUCAAUGCCCUUGGUAGUAACACAUGUCUUCAUACUUUAGAUAUUAGUGGUAAUCAGAUUGGAGAUCCUGGUGCCAGAUUAUUAGCAAAGGCAUUACAAAUUAAUAAUCAUUUGAGAACUAUUAUUUAUGAUAAAAAUAAUAUUACUCUUCAAGGUUAUGCUGAUAUUGUUCAUGCUUUAGAAAAGAAUUGCAGUGUAAGACAUAUGCCAUUUCCAAUUUAUGAUUUGCAACCUUGUAUGAAAACUUCAGCUGAAAAAACGGAACAAUUAGCUAAAAAAAUCCAGGACUUGUUACAAAGAAACGUUACUCCUUGUAAAUAUAGUCAUGGACAAGCAUUUAGAUUGCAACAAGGAUUUUUGUUAAGCUCCACACAACAAAUGGUUGAUAGAUUGGUUGUACAGACGCAAGACACUAUUAAAGCUAUUGCUGCGGAAAGCUGCGAUGCUAAUAAUGACAUUAAUUAUGCAACUGGACUCAUACAAGAUGCAGAUAAUUCAAAACAGCUUUUACCAAGAUUGCACGAAGUUCUUCAACGACGAGAUGAAAAUAAUCCAAUAGAAUUAAAAUUACACGAAAUGGCAAAUGAAUUGCAUAAAGUUGUAACCAUAUAUUUACAGGAUUCCUUAGAUGCUAUGAUAAAGUGUGCAAAUGAACAGUGUCCUACGAUACUUUCUCAAACGGUAAUUAGAGGCGAUGAAAGUGAAUCAGUUGCAGUGGAAGAUGAUCUACGAAGUAGUUGCAAAGAAAAAAAUCAAAUUAGUAGUGAAUUCAUACAUACCACUAUCACAGAGCAAGCUGGGGCGGAUAUAGUCAAUAGAGUCAAUGAAUUAAAUUUGGCAGUUGCUGCACAUGUAUCCGACAGAAUAACAGAUGAAGUAAUUGAAUCAUUGUCAAGAAGCUAUAAAAACUUAAUUGGUGACUGUGAUAGUAGAACAAGAAGCAGUACGCCUGAUGUGUUGCGGCCUAGUGCUGGUUCAAUGAGUAGUGGAAGUGUUAUAGGAGUUACAAGUACUGUAGGUGUAUCUACAGCAUUACCAGUUGGUAGAACCAGUAUUGCCUCAGAAGAAGAUUGUCCACCAGAAACUUAUUCACUUGUGAAUUCUAUCGGUCAAUGUUCCAGUGAUCAAUCUCCAAUGAAAUUGGAUUAUUUAAAUCUUGCUACGCCACAUUUAUCAAAUAAACGAAAAAGUUUACAUGGAAGGAAAUUGCGGCCGAAAUCUGUAGUCGAUUCUGUGGAAGGUCUUUCAGCUGAUGACAUUCCAGAUCUGUUACCAUCCUUACCAAAAAGUCAAGCAGAAGCUAUUUCAGAAACAGAACAUUCUUUAACAGAAUCACUAGAUUCUGUUUCUGAAUUACCUAAUACUGUAGGACAGCAACUGCAACAUUUAGUAAAAUCUAGACCACGCAGAACAAAAACUAGAGCACCUACAAGACCAAUGCUGAGACCAGAUCAACCAGUGGAUGGUCUUGCUCUUGGAGAAGGCCUCGAUGUAUUUUUCAGACCAACUACACCAACAACACCUCUUAUAUCCCCCACAAGUGAUGACAGCUCUUUGCAUACUUUUCCAACGGAUGGUAGCCCAAAUUUAUCUCUUACGAGUCAUAAAAGUAUUCCACCUGAGACGGAUAAAAAACCUGGCUGUAGCUCUCCAAUGUUAAAAACACUUCUUGAGCCUGCCCCGCGAUCACGAUCUAGCGAUAAUUUAGAAAAGUUUUCUCCUCUUGUUGGCAGGAGAUCUCAAGGUGAUUCGCCGUUAACUGCAUCUCCAUUAACUCGGCGAAAUACAACAGACAAUGCGCAAAAUCAUGAAAGAAUUCUUACAAAAUCUGAUAGCAACAAAGAUACAAGUAAUAAUGUAUGUAAUAAUUGUGUCGGUAAUACAGCUGAUACAUCUAAACGUAGUACAUUACCCAUUAUUGGUUCUGGUACAAGUACACGCAGUUUACGAGAUUCGGAUGAAAAUAGUAAGGUAUUACAACAAACAACUGCUACAAAUUCCUCGGAUAAAGAUGCAACAGCUGUUCCUAAAGAUUACGAAACUAGGAAAAGUUUAACAAAAAAAUCUGCAGUAGAUACAGAUAAGACUGCAAAUCAACCUUUACCUUCUCUUAAAUUAAGAUCGACAGGUUUUGAUCUUCGUAGCCCAACAAAUGGUAGCAGUACAAAAAGUAAUUCGGAAGUAUCGAAAUCUCCAGUGUUAAGGUCUCUAACCAAAGGAAAUAGUUCACUUACAGAUGGAAAAAGCAAUGGUGCUCUUUCCAAAACUAAACCUGUUCCGCCUAUAACAGCUCCUAAACCAAGACCCUGGAGCAUGGCUACUGAUAGAAAAUCUGGAGAAUUUAAUUUAUUAAGCGAUGGUUCUAGUCCAAAUACUUCAGCUGGAAAUACACCUGAUUCUGGAGAUGCACUUGAUGAAUCAACGGAUAGUGGUGUAAGUGGUCCUGCUUCAUUACCGCCGACGUUAUCAGCAAGUAGUACUGCUAGUUCUUUAAGCAAUGCCAGUGUAGAGAAAAGGUCAGUGAGGGAAUUGGCAGCUAGUUUAAACAAAAGUAAAACUGAAAGAAAAGAGAAUGAGCAUACCGCACCUGCAGCAUGGAGGUCGGUGCUUCAACGUUCUAUCAACCAACCAGAUGUCAAGGUAACGGAAGUGCCGAAAACGGUUGAAGAAAAUCGUAUAAGUUUUAAACUUCGACGUACUUCAUUUUUACGUGACUCAAAUUUCAACUACAAUAAUGACGUAGUUGACGUUUGAUCGUGACUUAAUACAGUAAUAAUUUACAAAUUAAUGUCAAUGACUGGAUACUUAUUAAGAUAUCUUUUAUCAAAGUAUUUUAUAUUGGGCACAAAAAUCUACGAUGUGACACGUUUGUACUUGUGCCAUAUGAAGUCAAAUGCAAAAGCAAGUGUGCUAACUCAAUAUUUAGGGACAGGGUACUGGGGUCUUUAUAGAAAGUACCAAUUUAUUAUUAAGGUGGCAUUAAAAAUUUUAUAGUUUUUUAUAGAACUGUAAUUUUAACGCAGUUUAUCUUAAUUUAGAAGUAAAUAUCUCUAUUUAAUGUACUAAAAUCAUUUAAUAUUUUCAAUGCAAUAAGUUAAAACACUUACUUCUAUGAAGAACAUACUAAAUGCUUCUACAUUCCUCCAGAUUUUUAGAAAGAAAUCAGUUUGAUAUUGUCAAUGAUAUUAUUUGGAAGAUGAGCCAUGUUAUGUUUGUUUUAACAUUUAAAUAUUUAUAUAUUGUUUGUCUGUAUAUUUAAACUGAUAGACUUUAAUAUAGAUCAUAAAUUACA